GCCUCGAGUUGCUUUAAUGGUAGUCCUAUGCUCUUUUGGGGACCUGUAGGAGCAUAAGAUGAGAACCAUCGACACAACCCCUAUCCGUACCGGUAAAACGGUCGGAUCGUGUAAUAACACCAUUGCCGCGAUAUAGGAAAGGUGGCAGAAACUUGGAGAUCAAGGGGGCGCCAGGACAAGAGGCGUAUCCAUCCUGUCUGUUGUCCAAGCGAUACUGCGAGGCAAGGUGACAGCGCCGAAUACACGCAUCCGGUCCACCAUGGGCAAGUCCAUCCGCUCAAAGCGGGAGAAGCGGUUGCGGACGCAGCGGAGGGAGCUGGCGCAAGCGAACUUUUAUGACAAGAAGGAUGCGGAAGUGCAAGCAAAGCUUGCGGCGAUCUUGACAGAACAGGCUGGGGACGAAGCAGCAGUCAGAGAGGAGCGAAUGGAAGCGGAGCCGUCUCGAGGCAGGGAAGGAGCGCCAGAUGAGGCGACAGAAGACAUGGCCGUGGACGGGGCUUCGAAGACGAAGAAGGCACUGAAGUCAAAAGGUGGAAUAAAAAAGAAGAGCAGCGGCAUUAGAGUCAGAAAGGGGAAGAAGGGGCGGCUUGCUAAGAAAGGAAAGAAGAAAGGUGCUUGGGUCUGAUUGGAUAGUUAGGCGCGCGGCACAUUUGACUCUUCCACCUUAGAAUUAGGAAAAUUAGGCGGAUCUUAAAGCUAGGUCAUCAGAUAGAAGCGGCAUGAUGCUCUCCACAUGCACUAUUAGUUAAGGCGUCAAUUCCUUUAUCAGGAACUGUGUUGCAGGCGGCAAGAUACGUUCCUAUAAAUCAACAAACUUUAGACAGUAGACCUCUCAUCUGAUUCCUCCAGGCAUAUGCAGCUACCAAUCAGGCUCUUGCUGAUCAGCGCAAGAAGAAAGUGGGUCUCAGGAGCUUACUUUGGUAAGAUGAGUCUGGUUACCGUGCAGCCGAGAGCAUGCUAGCGCUGACUGCACUGCCGCCCCUUCAAUGGGCAUUUCAUGGUCAACGUACUGAUGCUUGAGUUUGUUAGGC